CCUACAUUUUGGUGUGCAACUCACAAACCAUAGCCUGUGGCAGCCUACCUGAUGGAUCUUGGGUAGCAUUCUGCCAUGGAGAGCCAUUCGGUGGAAUUUAUGGACCUCAGCGGGGCGCCAAAGCGGAAGGCAAAGAGCCUGACCAAUGACGGCCAAGCUGUGUGGUUUAUGUGCUUUCCCGGCGACGCCAUGUGCUGCUUCCAGGAGGACGAGCUGCGCCCCGACUCCGAGAUCAUGCACGGCGCGGGCUUGGUGAGCACCGGCGAGGAUGUGGCACAGGACUCCCAGGAAGGCGAUGUCUUCCACGAGGAGGUAAAGCAGAUCAAAGGGGAUGAUCACGGCUUUGCCAACAAGGCUUCAGGAGAGGACUUCCGGCUCAAAGAGCACUUGUCUCCUGCCUUGAGGCAAGAAGUGCAGCAAAUCAAGGCAGAUUUGGCAGCAAGAGAAGGAGCAGGACCUGGAGAGGUGGACGGCCACUGCGAGGCGCGGGUCCCACCCCGCACCAGCGCGGACCGGGGCAAAGGCGCCUCCGGACUUCUGCCCGAGGUCCCUCCCGAGCGGCCCUUGGCCUUUGAGGUGGGCCACGGAUCCUUCGCUUUCGCGCCUCCACCGGAAGACAGGUUCCAGGGAUUCCAGGAGGUUGGAACUCUGAGGGAGGCGCUCUCGAUCUGAGAGACGAGAGUCUGAUGCCCGGGGAGGGGAUUCCUGUUGUUUUUUGGG